AUGGCCGGUUCCAAACCCUCCAGCCCUUUCGGGACCUUCUUGAUCGUCGGUUCCGUCUGCUUCUUCCUCGGCAUUCUCUUCGCCUCGUUCCCCUACGACUACCCCCUCCUCUGGACUUCGGCCCCGGUCCCCGAAGCCUACUACGCGCAGCUUGAGACGCACCUGCGCUUCAUCUACGCCGCGCCCCCGCUCAUCGGCCGCCUCCUGACGAGCAUCAUCCUCGUCGGCUUCAUCGGCUUCUUCGUCAAGCUCUUCAAGGCCAGCGAGGCCAACGUGCUCUUCGACGGCGCCUCCCUCGUCCUCUAUUUCAUCGGCGUCGGCGUCUACCUCACCAACAUUGUGCGCGGCCUGCGCGCCGUCGGCGAGGGCAUCUGGGACGACCCCGACUGGGAGGUCAAGGCCAACGGCAACGCCGGCCAGGGCGACGGCCUCGUCCUCGGCAAGGAGGACAGCCUCAAGGUCCUGUCCGCGAGCAACACCAUCCUCGCCCUCGUCCUCGUUGGCGUCCUCGUGCUGCAGGUCGGACAGGCGUACGCGGAGCGCAAGGAGCUCGAGGAGAUUGAGGCCCUCGACAAGAAGGACAAGGAGGCCGCCGCCGCCGCUGGCAAGGGCGGCGCUGCCAACAAGAAGAAGCAGUAA